AUGUCGCUAUCCAUCUUCAAGAAAAAUAAUAAAUGUGAUUUAUCGCUUUGUUACUCUGCAAGCCUACAGUUGCGGAGUAUAGAGGAGCCGUCGGUUGGCGCGGGCGGUGGCAUGCCCGCGCCGGCCUGCUACGACGCCGAGUGUGCCCGCACUGAAGCCUGGCUAGAUGAGAAUCAAGAUUUCGUGCACGACUACUUUUUAAGGAAAGCAACGCGCCAGGUAGUGGACGCGUGGCUGGUUUCCCACGCAACGCCGCCCAGUGCUGAGCUCGCUUCGCCGUCCCGCGCCGGAUCCGGCUCGGGGGCUACAACACCCGUCAGGAAGAUCUCAGCGCAUGAGUUCGAGCGCGGUGGGUUACUGAAGCCGCUGGUAACAACUGUUGACGGAACACCCACUUUCCUCGGUGAUCAGCCCCCUCACGCAACUCCAUCGAGGCCGCAGCGGCGUUCGCGACAUGAGCUAAGGCAGCUCGAUGAGAAGGAACUCAUAUUUGAACUAGUGAAAGAUAUCUGCAAUGAGCUCGAAGUCCGCGUACUAUGUCACAAGAUAUUGCAGAACGUCUCCAUACUGCUGGAUGCGGAUAGAGGAUCGCUGUUUCUCGUUCAAGGCGAGAGGGCGGCUUCACCUCAUCCACAAAAUGGCAGGUGCCUCGUGUCGAAACUGUUCGACGUGUGUUCAAAAUCAACACCAGAACAAAUGGAGCAGCUGGAAGAGAUUAGGAUACCGUGGGGCAGCGGCAUCGUCGGUUACGUUGCCGAGAGCGGAGAACCAGUUAAUAUUCCUGAUGCAUAUAAGGACGAGAGAUUCAACCACGACAUUGACCAACAAACGGGUUACAAGACGAGGUCACUCCUUUGCAUGCCAAUUAAGGACAUCAACGGAGAAGUCAUCGGUGUUGCGCAGGUGAUAAAUAAACAAAACGACGGACCUUUCACGACAAACGACGAGAAAGUUUUCGCUUCGUACCUCCAGUUCUGCGGUAUCGGCUUACGAAACGCACAACUGUACGAAAGGUCGCAGUUGGAAGUAAAGCGGAACCAAGUCCUACUGGAUUUGGCGAGGAUGGUCUUCGAGGAGCAGAGCACAAUUGAACACAUGGUGUUAAGGAUACUCACGCAUACACAAAGCUUAAUCAGAUGUCAGCGGGUACAGGUCCUCUUAGUCCACGAAGCGUCGAAAGGCAGUUUUUCUCGAGUCUUCGACUUGGAGGCUGGUGACGAAACAAAUCUUGGAACGCCGCGGACGUCGCCAUAUGAAAGUCGGUUUCCUAUCAAUAUCGGCAUUACGGGUUACGUAGCAACUACUGGGGAAACAGUCAACAUUGCUGAUGCAUAUCAAGAUUCAAGGUUCGAUCCCUCGGUAGACGAAGAUACGGGUUUUAAACACAACACUAUCCUCUGUAUGGCGAUCAAGAAUUCGGAGGGAAGAAUUAUAGGUGUUAUACAGCUCGUGAACAAAUUCGACGGCUUAUUAUUCACGAAGAACGAUGAGAACUUCGUGGAGGCGUUCGCUAUUUUCUGCGGAAUGGGAAUCCAUAAUACACACAUGUAUGAGAAAGCUAUCACGGCCAUGGCGAAACAGAGUGUGACGCUUGAUGUUCUAAGUUACCACGCAUCAGCCUCUAUCGACGACGCGCAACGGUUACGGACUUUACGGAUACCAUCAUCAGUCCAUUACAAACUGCACGAGUUGGAGUUUGAUGACAUCGACCUCUCAGACGAUGACACUUUAAAAGCGUGUCUCCGCAUGUUUUUGGACCUCGACUUCGUGGAGCGGUUCCAUAUAGACUACGGUGUGUUAUGUCGCUGGUUGCUAAGCGUGAAGAAAAACUAUCGCAACGUUACGUAUCACAACUGGAGGCACGCCUUCAAUGUCGCGCAGAUGAUGUUCGCUAUUUUGACUGAAACGCAGUGGUGGAAAAUAUUUGGUGAACUUGAAUGCCUGGCUUUAAUCAUCGGUUGCUUGUGUCACGAUCUCGAUCAUCGGGGGACCAAUAACUCUUUUCAAAUAAAGGCAUCGUCUCCCCUAGCUCAGCUGUAUUCGACGUCAACCAUGGAACACCACCAUUUUGACCAGUGCCUGAUGAUCCUGAAUUCCCCUGGCAAUCAGAUCCUUGCUAACCUGUCGUCUGACGACUAUGAACGAGUUGUUAAAGUCCUAGAAGAUGCAAUAUUGUCCACCGACUUAGCUGUUUAUUUUAGCAAGCGCACGGCGUUCAUUGAGCUGGUGAGUGAGGAGCGUGGCGGGGAGCGGGGUGCGGCGGCGGGCGCAUGGGGUGCGUGCGCUGAGCGGCGGGCGCUGCUGCGCGCGAUGCUGAUGACGGCGUGCGACCUGGCCGCCAUCACCAAGCCGUGGCCCGUGGAGCGCCGCGUCGCCGCGCUCGUCGCCGGCGAGUUCUUCCGCCAGGGCGACCUCGAGCGGCACAACCUCAACCUCACGCCGAUUGAUAUAAUGAACAGGGAUAAAGAAGAUGAACUUCCUGCUAUGCAAGUCAAAUUCAUCGAUACGAUCUGUCUGCCCAUUUACGAGGCGUUCGCGGUUUUAUCGCCGGCUUUACAACCGAUGCUCGACCGAGUGAAGAGCAAUCGUGCGCAUUGGAUUGAGCUCGCGGACCACGAUAAAAACGGCUCAGGGAAUGAUAACACUCUCGAAAAGGAGAUUAGCCAUGAGAAAAACGACAAAUCAAGCAUCAGUUCGCAGAAUGUCGACGAUACAGAAAACACUUACGAAGGUGAUAGCAGUGGAGCGGUCAGUCUGUCGUCAGAAACCAACUCUAAAUAUGAAAACCUCGAGAACCCAGUCGUAGGUCUGGUUUGCAACAACGUACUGACUAUGCCCAGAGACCCGAAUAAAUUCUGUCAAUUAAACGACCUUAAUUGA